GGGAAAUGGCCACUCAUUCUAAAGUGAUUCUUAAGACAAUGAAUGUCAGUAACAGCUGGUUCCUUGGAGACUGAGGUAGUGCUUGUUUUUGUCACUGUUACCUUGUCGUUGAACCAAGAUUCCUCACUGCGAAACCAUUUUUAUAAAUGUCCAGGGUGAAACUAGAUGGGGUGUGCAGAGCCUGACGAGAGGGAGGGAGAGAGAGAGGAGGAGUGGAACAGGUGUAGUGAAUGUUCUGGAUGGGUGGGGAGUGGGAGGGAGGAACCGACAGAACAACAUAGCAACAACCUUAUAAAGGGAAAGAUGCUCCCUCUCUCUGGCUUCAGUUCAUACAGCAAGUGAAGUCAACACCACUGUCCUCACAGACAACAUGCUCAGCCUUAUUAAACUGCCCAGAGUCUUCACCAUCCACCAAGUCCCAAAAGUGUUCCAUGAGGACAGCAUCAUCUCAGGCUACCGACACCCUCGCAGCUCAGCCACUGACUGCAUCCUCAGCCUCUUCCAGCUGACCAAUGAAACGCUCAAUAUCUGGACACACUUCCUGCCCACAUGGUACUUCUCAUGGAAGCUGCUGACGGUGGUCCUGACGCGAGACGUGUGGAGCGACUCGUUCACAUGGCCCCUCCUGGUGUUCCUGAUGUCGUGCUGUGUGUACCCGCUGGCCUCUAGCUGUGCCCACACCUUCAGCACCAUGUCAACACGCGCACGACACAUCUGCUUCUUCUUCGACUACGGAGCUCUGAGUCUCUACAGCCUGGGCUCUGCCAUAACAUAUUCUGCCUACGUGAUUCCUGAUAAGUGGGUGAACAGUUCGUUCCACCAGUACUAUAUCCCCAUCGCUGUGGUAAACACUGUCAUCUGUACCGCCUUAGCCUGCUACUCCAGGCUUGGUUUACCAUAUAUCCAAUAUAACCAUGACAUCAUAAAAAGAUUCUCAGAGUGUAAGAGCCCAAAGUUUGGCAAAUUUCUCCGCAUUCUAGCUUUCGCAUUACCCUACCUGUUCGACAACAUUCCUCUCUUCUACAGGCUCUUCUUGUGUGUGGGUGAGGGCUGCACUGACAACGAUACCAACCCCCUCCACCACACCCACAUCGCCCUGGCCUUCCUGACCGCAUUCCUCUUCGUCACACACCUACCAGAGCGCCUGGCCCCCGGCAGCUUCGACUACAUAGGUCACAGCCACCAACUGUUCCACGUGUUCGGCAUAAUCGGCACUCAUUUCCAGAUGGAGGCCAUUGAGCAGGACAUGGCGACGCGACGCCCGUGGCUCCUCACGUACUCUCUGCCCAUCACCUUCACCAACACACUGGGGGCGGCACUGCUGAGUAUAACCCUCAGCCUUGGCAUCAUCUUCCUCUUUAGUCUGCCUCUGCUCUGGUCAGCCACCCGGGGAGAACACACUGAGAAGAAGACACAGUCACAUCCAAUAGCCAAGGGCUGCCAGUACCACUAGCAUUAGCCACAUGCUAAUGAUAAUGUAUACGGGAUGUAGGAACUGGAUGGCUCAGUUGGUGGAGCAUGGUGCCUGUAAUGCCGGGAUUGUGGAUUUGAUUCACAGGGCCACCCACACGUAAAAUGUAUACAAGCAUGAAUGUAAGUCACUUUGGAUAAGAGCGUCUGCUAAAUGGCAUAUAUUUGUAUUCUAUUACUAUGAUUAAACUGGACACUGUGGUGGGGAUGGGCUUGGGAGAAGAGGUGAACAACUGAAGUGAACCACUAUGGCUUCUUGGUGUUGGAUAGAGGUGAAGUCAUGACAUGAUACAAUGCUGAAGGAGCAAUGAACUGUUCUUCACAUUGUCAGCACGGAUGAAUAAAUGGUAGCUGAACAAGAGCUCCAUAUAUACUGCAAUGAGGGACAGAGAGUUAGUGGUACCUCUGAUAGUAUUACACUGACUAUAGGACUAGUACACAGUACUAGUCCUAACACAGUCCUUGCUUUUGUUCGCUGAUUUACCAACGCUACUGAGGAGCAGGAAGAGACUGAAGCAGUUGGAAGUCAAGCUGUAUAUGAAGAAUCAAUCCACUGAGGAGCAGGAAGAGACUGAAGCAGUUGGAAGUCAAGCUGUAUAUGAAGAAUCAAUCCACUGAGGAGCAGGAAGAGACUGGAGCAGUUGGAAGUCAAGCUGUAUAUGAAGAAUCAAUCCACUGAGGAGCAGGAAGAGACUGGAGCAGUUGGAAGUCAAGCUGUAUAUGAAGAAUCAAUCCACUGAGGAGCAGGAAGAGACUGGAGCAGUUGGAAGUCAAGCUGUAUAUGAAGAAUCAAUCCACUGAGGAGCAGGAAGAGACUUGAGCAGUUGGAAGUCAAGCUGUAUAUUAAGAAUCAAUCCACUGAGGAGCAGGAAGAGACUGGAGCAGUUGGAAGUCAAACUGUAUAUGAAGAAUCAAUCCACUGAGGAGCAGGAAGAGACUGGAGCAGUUGGAAGUCAAGCUGUAUAUUAAGAAUCAAUCCACUGAAUGUUACAUGAAGAUGCAUUUUCAAUAUUCCUUCAAUUUAGUUUUUCUUUUUAAACACUAUUUUUAUACUAAAUAUAUUUGUCACUUGAUCAUUUUUAUACACAAACAAUGGAUAUGUACCACAAACACAACAACAAUUUUAGGACCACAGUCUGUAGCCUAAGGGCUGUUAAGUAGAGGGGUUUGGUAGUAUAUUGUGAACUAAAAUCAGCACUGAAGGAUACAAUAACUUAUUAAUGAAGUGUACAGUAUGUAUGAUGGGCAGCUACUAAAGUGAAGGUGCCUUUUAGAGAUACAAAUGAUACAUGUCAGAUCACUUUCCUGUAAACUGUUAAGUACAGUAUUAUUUAAAGCAUCACCAAGACAUUAUAGUUCUCCGUUACACAUUAAACGUUUUCUGUGGCUCCUGUAAA